CAUCAUCAUCAUCAUAUGCGCACGGCGGCGUCGCCAUCCAUCGGUGAUCCCCCGACGGGAAAGCCCGGCUUCUCCCGCUUUAAAACCCUCAACCCGAUCGUCCCCGUACGCACUCAGCACCUGCACUGCACCACGAGCGGCAGCCACAGGCACAGGCAGCCCACGCACGUACGCCUCCUCCGAUCAAUGGCGAGCCUGAGCGUGCCGCCGGUGCUCACGUCCCCGCGCCACGACGCCAUCGCCCUCCACAGGGCCUUCAAAGGUUUUGGUUGCGACAGCACGACGGUGAUCAACAUCCUGGCGCACCGGGACGCGACGCAGCGGGCGCUCAUCAUGCAGGAGUACAGGGCCAUCUACCACCAGGACCUGUACCACCGCCUCUCCACGGAGCUGAGCGGGAACCACAAGAAGGCGAUGCUGCUGUGGGUGCUGGACCCCGUGGGCCGCGACGCCGCCAUCCUCAACCAGUCCCUCAACGGCGACAUCACCGACCUGCGCGCCGCCACGGAGGUCAUCUGCUCCCGGACGCCCUCGCAGCUGCACAUCAUGAGGCAGGCCUACCGCGCCCGCUUCGGCUGCUACCUCGAGCACGACGUGGCCGAGCGCACCUACGGCGACCACCAGAAGCUCCUGCUGGCGUACCUGGGGGUCCCCCGGUACGAGGGCCCGGAGGUGGACCCGGCGGCGGCGGCGCGCGACGCCAGGGACCUGUACCGGGCCGGCGAGAAGCGGCUGGGCACCGACGAGCGGGCCUUCAUCCGCGUCUUCACCGAGCGCAGCUGGGCGCACCUCGCCGCCGUCGCCGGCGCAUACCGCCACCUCUACGCGCGCUCCCUCGACAAGGCCGUGAAGAGCGAGACGUCGGGGACGUUCGAGCUCGGGCUGCUCACCAUCCUCCGCUGCGCCGAGAGCCCCGCGAGGCACUUCGCCAAGGUGCUGCACAAGGCGAUGAAGGGGCUGGGCACCAGCGACACGGCGCUCAUACGGGUGGUGGUCACCAGGGCCGAGGUCGACAUGCAGUACAUCAAGGCCGAGUACCACAAGAAGUACAAGCGCUCGCUCGCCGACGCCAUACACUCCGAGACGUCGGGGAACUACCGGACCUUCCUCCUCUCCCUCGUCGGCCGCGACCGCUGAGAUGAUCCGACAGACCGAUCCGCCUCACCCCCACCAUGUCCAUGCGUGAUGGAUCGGUUGGGAGCUUGUGUAUAUACAUCUGUUUCUUCAGACUGCAUGAAGCUAUUCCAGCCAGGAGUAAAUGCUAUGGCUAUGGUCACUAUGUGCAUGUUACUACCAGAAAUGAAAAUUGACGACUAUUAUCUCCGUUUUA